UGGGGGUCACCACAGCAUGAGGAACUGUAUUAAAGGGUCGUGGCAUUAGGAAGGUUGAGAACCAUUGCCUUAGAAACAUAAAAAAUAUAUUCUUAGAAACAUAAAAACAUUCUCCUAACAUUUGGUUGUCCCACUGGCUCCCCGUUUUUGCCUGUUUUCUUCGAGUCAUCUUGGUUCCCUUCUCUCUGACCCCGUUUGAUCGGAUUUGUUGCUUCUCGCCAUCUGCUCCCUGACCCCCGAGGAGCAUUAUUUAGGUGUCACCUGUCCUAGGCCUGCCUCAGCCUCCCUCAAUGAACCCCCACACCCACUGCCACCUCUAUUCUCCUCUCUCUUCUCUCCUUAUGAUUUCUCACCCCCUGACACCCCCAGUUCAUUGAUUAGGAUCUGUUUCUCCCCACUGGCAUGUGAGCAUGGUGAGUGCAUGGCAUCGUUUCCCUGGGUGCCUAGUGUGGGGCUUGGCGAGUAGCCCGUUCUGCGUCAGUGUUUACUGAACGAAUGAAAGGCACAUGAAGCAGGUAGUAUUGGCAUCCCUGCCGUCCACCCUCCUGCGUUCAUGCCAUCCUCGCUGCCUUGCCUUGUUAGAAAGCGGGGCUAGGGGACCCCAAUCCCACUGCUCUCUGAUCUUUGGCUGUAGACCUCGUCUUUCAUUCUGGCCGUGGGCUUCUGUGAGGGAACCCCUGUGGAGGGCUGGGUGGGUGAGAAUCCAUCCUAAUGGCCAAGCACAGGCGCCCUGCCCUGGUGGCGGGAGCCUGGUGGGUUCCAUUUGACAGGAAGGAAUGGGAUGCUGUGCACAGGAGUUGAGAUGUCUGAUCAGGACGGGUAUUUAGAGAACAGAAGUGCCAAGUCAUCCACGGUGCUCAGUUCCAUUAGUGUGUAGUUAGCCCACUAUGUGAUAUUAGUUCCAUCUGAGACGGGCCGGCCUGUUUUAGAAGUUUAUUUUAGAGGAUGGCUUGGUGUGUGGAUGAGGCUGCAGGUGCGGGUGGGAUUUGGGGAGGAGGCAGAUGACCUAGCUUGUUUGGGGUGAAUGGCACCCUUUGGGGGAAAGGCGUGGAAGGGGUGGGGUGUUUGAUUCCAGGGGACCUGAAAUCCCUCUCUAAGGGGUGGACAGGCUGUCUGGAAUGGCUUGACUGAUGACCCAGAGGCACCGACCUACCCACGCCCAGGGGAGGAGGAGUUCAGCCGGUGUAUUAAGGAGGGCGGGCACACUGGGCUUUGUCAGAAGUUGGUCCUCGCUGAAGUUUUCCACGCUGCUCCACCGCGCCCUCUGCUGUCCGGGACGGGACGUUUCCGCAUCCUUGUUUUCCUCUCGAGGCGAGUUCAUGUUAACAGCACAGAACUGAACUCCAGAUGGAAUACUUCCUUCUAGAAACUAACUGGUGGCCAUUUUAUCAUGUACGAUGGCUCAGAAUCUCAGGAAAGAUUUUUUUAGGGAGGGGGAACUCCCUGCUGUGUGAGUCUGUGUGUUGGAGUGAAACUGGCAGGUUUGGAUGACACCCUCGGGCCCCUCCGCCUGGACUUGUGGGUCUGUCACUCCAACUGGCUUCCAGUGGAGAUGGGGUAUCUGGGGGAGAGUCCCAGAGAGAAUACAAGGAAGGACGAGCCCAGAGAGAGGGCAGAGGUCGUCUGCCCUCGAGGGACCGCGGGACACAGUGUCUUCAAUGGCUUCGUUGGUGGCUUAUGACGACUCAGACUCCGAGGCUGAGAGCGAGCCUGCGGGAAGCUGUGCUGCCGCUGGCCGGAGGAAGGACUCUUGUGUUACGGUUGAACCUCGCGGUCAGGAUUUCGCAUCGGGAGUCCUGGACGGGGCAGGAGGCACACUGACCACCAAGCACAGCUCCUGUGAGGACCCAGCCGGCCAGCGCCUCCCACUGGCUCGGCUCUGGAGGAGCGACCCAGGCUCUUGCCCCAGCCAGAGGCUACAGUGGCCCAGGACAGCGCCCGACGUCACCUUCCCCACAAGCGAGCCUCCUCGUCCUUCCCUGUGGACCAGCCACGCUCCCGCUGGCCGUGGGCCCCGGGCAGCCGCCUGCUUGAAGCAGGUGAGACUCUCCUGGGGAACUUACGACCCCCCUGAGCCACCUUCCGGUGCCCAACCCAAACCUGAGACCCCGGGGAAGAGUGGCAGCUCUCUUCAGAAGAAAGGGCGAGAGGACUGUAUUGUACCCUACACCCCGAAGAGACUGAGAUGCUCGCAAGCAUUAAGCACAGAAACGGGCAAGAACAAAGAUGCGGAGGCCCGGGGUCCCUCUCUGCGCGCCCCGCGCCCUCUGUGCACGGCCCCCCAAGUGUCCGAGUUCAUCCAGCCGUACCUGGGCACCCCGUAUAAGGAAACCCAGAUAUCCCAGAAGGUCCUCUUCCACCUGCGAGGCCACAAGGGCCCCGUCAGCAGCAUCCAGUGGUGCCCCGUCUUUUCAAAGAGCCACAUGUUCCUCUCGGCUUCUCUGGAUAAAACCUUCAAGGUGUGGAACGCGGUGGACUCGGGGAGAUGCCUGCAGACCUACUCUCUGCACAGUGAGGCGGUGCGGGCUGCUCGGUGGUCUCCCUGCGGCCAGCGCAUCCUCAGCGGUGGCUUCGACUGCGCUCUGCACCUCACCGACCUUGAAACAGGAACCCAGGUAUUCAGUGGUCAGAGUAACUUCAGAGUCACUACCUUGAAAUUUCAUCCGAAAGACCACAACCUUUUUGUGUGUGGGGGCUUCAGCUCUGAGGUCAAAGCCUGGGAUGUGAGGGCCGGCAAGGUGGUGAGAAGCUACAAGGCGACCAUCCAGCAGACCUUGGACAUCCUCUUCCUCCAGGAAGGCUCUGAGUUUCUGAGCAGCACAGAUGCUUCGAGCCGGGACUCUGCUGAUCGUACCAUCAUCGCCUGGGAUUUCCGGAGCUCCGCCAAAAUCUCCAACCAGAUCUUCCAUGAGAGGUACACCUGCCCCAGCCUGGCCUUGCACCCGCGGGAGCCUGUGUUCCUGGCCCAGACCAAUGGCAACUACCUGGCCCUCUUCUCCGCCGUGUGGCCCUACCGGAUGAGCAGAAGGCGGCGCUACGAAGGGCACAAGGUGGAAGGCUACGCGGUGGGCUGCGAGUGCUCCCCGGACGGAGACCUGCUGGUGACGGGCAGCGCCGACGGCCGGGUCCUGCUCUACUGCUUCCGCACGGCCAGCCGGGCGCGCACGCUGCACGGGCACACGCAGGCCUGUGUGGGCACCACCUUCCACCCUGUGCUGCCUUCCGUCCUCGCCACCAGCUCCUGGGAGGGUGACAUCAAGAUCUGGCACUGAGCCUUCCAGCGCAGCGCCCCUGGACAGACAUUGCCACCCGGCUCCCUGGGGUGGGGGGGACUAAUGCCGAGGCUGGCGCUCCCCUCUGGGGUCCUCAGUGUCCUCUGAAGCCAGGCCAGCAGCCUUUUGUCUCGGUGGUGAGGCUGGGAAGUGAGCGCCUGGCACCCUGCUCGUGGCGCUCAGUAAAUACGCGCGUUUCGCUGUUUUGUAGGUGA